AUGGACGGGAUAAUGAGCAAGCUGAGGAACUUAGAUGCGUACCCGAAAAUCAACGAGGAUUUCUAUAGUCGUACGCUUUCUGGCGGCCUUAUCACCCUCGCCUCAUCGGUUCUCAUGCUUCUUCUUUUCAUCUCGGAGCUUCGAUUAUACUUGCAUACUGUCACUGAGACAAAGCUCGUGGUCGAUACUUCAAGGGGAGAAACUCUUCGUAUCAAUUUUGAUGUCACUUUUCCUGCCCUGCCAUGCUCUAUUCUAAGUCUUGAUGCGAUGGACAUAAGCGGAGAGCAACAUCUUGAUGUGAAACAUGACAUUAUUAAGAAGAGAAUUGACUCUCACGGCAAUGUAAUAGAAGCACGGCCCGAUGGAAUUGGUGCUCCUAAGAUUGAAAAGCCUUUGCAGAAACAUGGUGGGAGGCUUGAGCACAACGAAACUUAUUGUGGUUCAUGCUUUGGUGCUGAAGAGUCAGAUGACCAUUGCUGUAAUACUUGUGAAGAUGUUCGUGAAGCAUAUCGAAAGAAGGGCUGGGCGCUGUCAAAUCCAGAUUUGAUUGACCAGUGUAAAAGAGAAGGUUUUCUUCAGAGAAUCAAAGAGGAAGAAGGUGAAGGAUGUAAUGUGUAUGGGUUUCUGGAGGUUAAUAAGGUGGCUGGUAAUUUUCAUUUUGCACCAGGGAAGAGCUUUCAACAAUCAGGAGUUCAUGUUCAUGAUCUCCUGGCAUUUCAGAAAGAUACCUUCAAUGUUAGUCACCAUAUCAAUAGGCUAACUUUUGGAGAUUAUUUUCCUGGGGUUGUUAAUCCUCUUGAUGGUGUACAUUGGAAUCAAGAAUCUCCAAGUGGGAUGUACCAGUAUUUUAUCAAGGUCGUACCUACAGUGUACACUGAUGUCGGUGGCCAUACAAUCCAAUCCAAUCAGUUUUCUGUAACUGAGCAUUUUAGGAGUGCGGACGCUGGUCGUCUUCAGUCCCUCCCUGGAGUGUUCUUCUUCUAUGAUCUUUCUCCAAUUAAGGUUACAUUCAUGGAGGAGCACGUAUCGUUCUUGCAUUUCUUAACCAAUGUUUGCGCUAUAGUUGGAGGGGUUUUCACGGUUUCUGGGAUAUUGGAUUCAUUUAUCUACCACAGUCAAAAGGCAAUAAAGAAGAAGAUGGAGCUUGGUAAAUUUAGCUGA